AACAAAAUUGGUGCGAAUUGAAAUCUAAUAGGAAUCUAGUGCACUGCUAAAUACAAAAUACAGUUAUUUCACUUAUUUUUAAUGGAUAUUAAUUUCACAUUUAUACAAUUAAUAUUAGACAGCACGUUAUUGGAAAUAAUAAAAGCGCGUAUUUAUGCUUAUAAGUAUUUAUAUUUACUCCGACUAGUCGCACGAUUUACCAAAUGAUGCCAGCACAGGGUGUUUCAAGCGUUAACUAAACGUUAGUGUGAAGCUAAUUGGACGUUCGUAGCAUCGUUUGCUUUGCCAGUGAUUUUAGUUUAGUGUUGCAAAGUGUCGGUGUCGGUUGUUUCGUGUACGCGUCCCGUAGUGUGAAUUGAAUAUUGUGCGAGACAAGAGUGCGGAAACGGAUACCAAGCAAUAACAACAAACCAAUACAAAAGAACAAGCGCAGAAGAAGUGUUGUUUUUUUUUUUACAAAAUAAUUCACAGAUACAUAUUUAUAUACAAAAAUAGUUACGUUGCAAAAUAUGUGUAUAAAAUGAAAAGACGCGUGUGAGUGAUGUUGCCCAGAGUUAAGCAAUAAAAUAAACUAGAGCAGAGAGCAUAGGAAAUAAUAAUAACAAGCUGAUAUUGGCUAAAAGGUCAGUCAACCGAUUUUGGCAAGUUUAUGAAAAGGUUAGAAGAAGGCAGCGAUAGUGGCAUAAAAGCAGCAACAAAUAUUUCAAAGUAAGCAGUGUUUAUAUCAUAAAUUUUAAAUGAAAAUGUAAGAAAAUAUAUAAAUAAUAGUGCACUGUUAAUGUUUGUGGUGGGCGUGAGUGUGCGUGCGUGAUUUAUUGUUGAAAAUAAUAUGUAAUGUAAAGUAAACACAAGAAUAACACGUGAAAACAAAACAGAAAAAUUACGAAAAACAUUAUGAAGAGCAAAGCAAAAUUGCAUACAUGCGCUGCAAAAGCAUAAUAUAUGAAUGUAUGUGUAUAUGUUAGUAGAAUGCAUACAGCGAGUAGCAGAGCAGCUUAUGGACCGAUAUGAAAAGUGAAACCUUGGUCACAAUUUCUAGCUCAUCCUGGAGGUUUAUACGUUGACACUUGUAUUAUCAAAUGAAUGUAUGAACAAUAAGACGCAGAAUAACGCAAUUGUGAGCAGAGUAUAGCAAUUGGACUGUAGACGGGAAGAAUGUAAAUAAAAAGAGUCAACAAAACCGGCUGCUUCGUAUUUCGCAUUUUAAUUUUUUUCCCCACUCGACUUCUACGUUUUUCGAUGAAUGCAACAUUUCAACAAAGGCGACAACAACGACGAGUAUGACAGCCAAUCGACCAGCAACGCAAACCGAGGAAAGGUUGGUGGAACAGCAGCAGCAGCAGCAGCAGCAACAACUGUCACAUCAACAGUACACAAACACAACAAAUCCAACAAGCACGACAAAUGCCAAUAUGCCGUCGUCGGCGAACACUUCAGCUUGUAACGCCAGCGCCGGCUACGAUGAAGUGGAGCAUUGCGCCAGCCGCUACGGUGGUACAACAGCAAACACCGGUGCUGAGGGCAACUGCACGCAUGUUGGCGUCGGUGCUAGCGAGGGUGUGUGUCGUAAUCACAGCACUGCGAGCUCAACAACGCAUCGCCGCGGUCACAGACGCCAGGAGUCCAUGUACCAGAUGACGGGCCUCUACUCGGAGACGAAUACGAGCGGUGAUGAUAGCAGCGUUGACGCUGCCACACAAGACUCUCAGGUCAAUUUGGGCGAACUGGUCAGUUGCAGCGCCGCUACGGCGCCUAACAUUAAUAAUAUGUGCGCCAACGUAGCGUCACGUGCCACCUGCAAUUGCCACAACCAGCAUUAUCAUCACCCACCAACGCAUCAUCAGCACAAUCAUCUGCAUCACCCACAUCAUGGCCAUAACAAUUGCCAACAACCAGCGGUGUGCAGCGGUUGUUGUAAUGAGAUUCUGGCGAAAAGUCACAGCCGUCAGCCAUCGGCGAGUAUUGCUGUGGGAGCAGGCAAUGUUGGUGGCGCCGUUACUAAUAAUAAUGCGACGACGACGCCUGCUGCUAUGCUAUACGAAUCGGAGUAUGAUGAUGAUGACGAAUUGCAGUCACGUGAUUGUGGUAUUCUCAAUUAUCGGCCCGGUCGUAUACAGAAAUUUGCACGCAUCAAAGUAUUCGUGCUGCUACUGUCGAUUCUAGUCACAUUGCAGCAGGCACUCAGUUCCGGUUAUAUAAAUUCCGUUAUAACGACGAUUGAGAAACGCUUCGAAAUACCUUCGAGUUAUUCGGGUCUGAUAGCGUCCAGUUAUGAGAUUGGCAAUGUGAUAACGGUCAUAUUUGUGAGCUAUUUGGGUAGCCGACGUCACAUACCCGUUUGGAUUGGUAUAGGCGCCGCCAUUAUGGGCAUUGGCUCACUGGUUUUCAUGGUGCCACACUUUACCGGCGAACCGAAUCCCGGCGUCACCAUUAUGAAUGAUUCAAGUGACAAUAUAUGUCGUAGUGCACUGGUACGUGAUCAAGAUAUGGACUUAGGCAGACUAUCGAGUGGUCUCUCCAAUCCACCAUUGGCGCCGCAUACCUUACGCGAAGAUAAUUGCCUCGAAGGCAAAUUGUCAACAUUCGGACCGGUUUUACUCUUUGUGAUUGCACAGUUACUGCUCGGUUGCGGUGGUAGUCCACUCUUCACGCUCGGCACCACCUAUGUUGAUGAUCAUGUCAAGACGGAGAGCUCAUCAAUGUACAUAGGUUGUAUGUAUAGUAUGGCGGCAUUUGGACCGGUGCUGGGAUUUCUGCUCGGCGCCUACCUGUUGUCCUUUCACAUGGAUUCACUUUCGUCCACAAUUAUAUCGAUAAAUCCGGGUGAUCGUCGCUGGGUUGGCAUGUGGUGGGGUGGUUUCCUGCUUUGCGGUGUUUUGCUGCUUAUCGUGGCUGUGCCGUUCUUCUCCUUUCCAAAGGUACUCACAACCGAGAAGAAAAAGAUACGGAAGAGUUCCGUUAUACAACCAGCUGUGCCUAACAACUCCAAUAGUCUUCCACGCGGCACCGAUCCAGCCGGUAAAGUGAAAAAGGAAAUAGUGGCGGUGAGUGCGAAAGAAGACGAUGAACCGCGCGUGGAUACCGGUUAUGGCAAGGACAUUAAAGAUAUACCACAAUCGAUGUUACGUCUCGUAACAAACCCCGUGUAUAUUGUCACUUGUUUGGGCGCCUGUAUGGAACUGUGGAUAGUGUCUGGCUUUGUGGUGUUCCUACCGAAAUAUUUGGAAACUCAAUUCAGCGUGGGCAAAAGUCAAGCGAGCGUUUUUACUGGUUCGAUAGCUGUACCGGGUGCUUGUAUUGGUAUUUUCAUCGGCGGCUGCAUAUUGAAACGUUUUCAGCUGAAACCAAAAGGCGCCGUACAGUUUGUUAUCAUCUCGAACGCAAUAUGCCUUGCGCUCUAUGCGAUGCUAUUUUUCCUCGGUUGCGAUAACCUAAAAAUGGCUGGCACCACAAUACCAUACUAUCGCAGCGCUAAGCAUGGCGUCAUCGAACCAUUCCAAGUCAAUCUAACGGCUGCCUGUAAUUUCGGCUGUGAAUGCCUGACCACAGAUGUGGAGCCGGUGUGUGGCAAUAAUGGUUUGACAUACUUCAGUCCCUGUCAUGCAGGCUGUACCGCAUUCUCAUCUACAUCCAACUACACCAAUUGUGCUUGUGUUCACUCAAAUAUAUCGAGCAGCAUUUAUAUGGGUGCUGGCGGCAGUCAAGCUCAAGCGUUAAACGCCAACGAAGAUUUCGCCGAAGUUACUGUGGUACCUGUUGCCACUGCCGGUCCAUGUGCCACACCCUGUCGCACCAUCUAUCCCUUCCUCAUAUUGCUCUUCUUCAUGACAUUUAUUGUGGCUUCGACGCAAAUGCCAUUGCUGAUGAUUGUCUUGCGUUCAGUGUCGGAGGAGGAGCGUUCGUUUGCCCUCGGCAUGCAAUUUGUUAUAUUCCGUUUGUUCGGCUAUAUACCGGCGCCCAUACUUUUUGGUAACUUAAUCGAUUCGACGUGUUUGCUGUGGAAAUCGACAUGUGGCGAAAAGGGUGGCCGCUGUUUGAUCUAUGACAUUGAGAAAUUCAGAUACAAAUAUGUGGGACUCUGCGCCACUGUGAAAAUCGUGGCGCUCGCUAUAUUUAUUGCCGACUGGUGGCUGGUAAGAAGGAGAAAGCAAUUAGAGAAAUUGAAGCCUAUUAACGCAAACGAUCCGAUCAUCGGUUCCAUUAUAAGUUUGGAUAAACUCUUUGAGGAGAAACUGACGACUAACGAGACUAAUCCACAAUACGGCAGUAAUGGUGAGAUAAUACUGACUUCGGAUGCAUUGCGACAUUCGAGAAAUGAUUCACGCACCAUACAGUUAGAAUAUGGCUAUGACAAGUGUAAUAAUGCCAUCAACUCGUCGGGUUUGUCGACGCCUCAAACGAAAUCGAAGAAACAUUUCCGUAGCGCAUCGUGUGACGUCAAGAUGAUACGUAGCUUCUCGAAAGACCAAAAUAUAGCGCCUGGAACGACUUCAACGGACGGCGGCAUGCACGAGCCAAUUAAAAUCAAGAGCUUAAAACGGUUUCAAACACAUUCCCGCAACAAUUCUAGUGAUUUAAACAGCGAUUUCCGACACAAACUCACACAUUCACGCACAAAUUCACGCGAUGACGCCGGUGCGCUCAAUAUACGUUAUAUACAAAAUCAGCUCAAACCGCAAGAGGAUGAAGAGGACGACGAUGAGUUGACAACCGGCUGUGGACAUUUCGUGAAAAAGCAUGCGCGUAAUCAUUCCUACGAUCAGAUUUAUAUGCCCAAUAACAUACGUUUCGAUGCAGACUUCUUCCGCAAUCAUCACAAUAACAAGAACAAGAAUGUGAAUGUGCUGAAGAACGUAAUGAAUAGAGAGGAGAAUCGUGUGAAGAACUCGAAUGAAACAGAGGCGGCGGCAGCAGCAGCGUUGGCAGCAACGGCGGUCAGUUCACGCGGACACUCACGCAAUAAUUCUAAGGACUUGAAUACACGCACAGCGGCCACGACAACAAGCAAUAAUUCCAAUGCAACAACACCAGCGUGUAUUGGUGGCGCGGCUGUGGGUGGCGGAGCCGGCGCCGUUGUUGUGGGCGCCGCACACAAUGUCGCCGAGGCGGCCUUAAAUAUACUACGCCAUCGGCGCACCAAUUCCAAAGACUUAAAUUACACGCUCUGCACCGGUAGCGAACGCAAUGACCUGGGCAGCAGCACGGCCUGCAGCAGCAAUGCGUCCACGCCAGCACAUGGCAGCGGUGGCGGCGCGGCAGCCGUUUUGCACUUGAAACAUGCACAUGCGCGCAAGGCCUCCCAUCACAAAAUACAAAUCGACGAUGAGCGCAACGAGUUGAUCAGUUCGGCGCGCGACGAUGAAGACGAUUCGAAUGCGGAGGAAGCUCAAAAUGCCACAUCCACUGCUACCGCCGCGGCAAACCGCAAGGAUAUAGAAUCAUUGCGUUAAGCUGGUGGAGAGCACUGAGAAAGCCUACAAUAUUAGCAGCAACGCAAUACAGUGAGUAGAGCUUCGGACACAUGGCACUAAAACGCAUUUUUUACCCAAGCAAAUUGCGCAAGUCAUUGCUAAUGAAUGGAUAAACGCGCAAACUAAUAUCAAACAGCACUUAUCGUUUUAACUUUGCGAAGUUACGCGCAAAAUGCAUGCGCGUUCGCGUCUCGGUAAAGUCAUUCCAUAAAAGCUCCGGAUUAUUUCAUACUUUUUGUUGUCCUAAAAUGUAAUGUCUACAAAAGCGUACUUAAAUUAUUUUCAUUUUUGGUGCAACACUGGACGCCUACAUAAGUAUACAUACUCGUGUAUUCGAUUUUCAAUUAUGCAAUGUAUUUAGGUAUCGCCAAGCGAUUUUUAUAGAAAUUCAAUACAAUUUUAUUUACUUAUAAAAAACUGUAGAAGCAAAAUGUUGGUAAAUCCUAUUUUGAAAGGCAAAAAUAAUAAUAAUUUCGUACGCAACAACUUAUUUGUAUUUGUAUAUACUAUAUAUGUAGAAUAAAAUAGUGCAUAGAAAAAAAAUGUUAUGCUACACAUAUUUUAAUGUAAACUUAAAGCAAAAAAAUUAAGAAAUAAAAUUUAUUAUUUCUAACUACAUAAAUAUUUAUAUGUAUUUGUAAUAAUAAACAAUUUCGUUAAUUUGAGUUUGCCGGCUGCCUUUAGAGAAUAGAAAAAAAUUAAAUUUCUUAUCAAAACUCAUGACUUAUGCAUGUGUUCGUAAUAAAUAAUUAGUUAAUAUUUAUUAUGAUGCGCGUUAAAUAAUAUAAUAAAUAAUUUAAAUCGUAAACUCAAUAUUCAUUUCUAACCUUAAAAUGUAAUUGAACUUCUAACAAAAAGCGGAUUUUAGCUGCGGUUAUUACGUUUUCUUCGGCUCUAACUGUGCAUCAUUACGUUUAGAACGUUUAAUAAAAGUUAGGUUUCAAUUCUUUAUAUAUUUAAAAUAAAAAAUAAAAAUUUAAAAAAGCGUAUAUCAUAAAAUAUGCCACCACUUUAGACCGCAUGGCAGUAUUAGAGUUCUAAUUGAUUUUCAAUAUUCGAAAAUGUGUUGAAGUGACUUGGUACAUCCAUACAUAUAUGUAUGUAAAUACGUAUACAUAGUAUGUACAGACCUAAGUUUAUUUAUAAGCGAAAAUAUAUACAGAUAUAUACUUACAUGUAUGUGUAUAUAGAAAUAAAAUGUUUCAAUUUGCUGAAUAAAAUGAAUUUAAUUAAUAUUAUGAUGAAGAAAACUGAUUGUAAUUUUAAAUAUUUCUACAUCUACACAUGCAUACAUAAACAUUUUUACACCUACAUGCAUAUAUACAAACAUACAUACAAUAUUUGAAUUAAAAACCUUAUAGCUAAUUAAAAUUUUAAUGGAUUAUUUACAUUCAUAUAUUUUAAGUACAUUAAGAAAAAAGGAAUCAGAGAACGCAGUAACGACAUCUAAUUAUCAAAAAGUAAAUAUAUACAUAUAUAAUAAAUAUUAAAAAUUAAGUAAAGUAAAAUGAAAUAAAAUAAAAUAAAUUAAAAGAAAUAAAACAAAAUAAAAUUAAAAAUAACUAAAUUAAUACUAAAAAGUAACGAAAUAAAGUAAAAUAAAAUAAAAUUAUAAUAUUAUUUAAUAUAUUGUUAUAUUAUUUUUAAUAACUAAAUUCAAAAUAAUUAAUAAUAAAAUGAAACAAAAUGAAAUAAAUAAAAAUACAAUAAAAUUAUAGUAAUAUUUAAUAUAGAAUGAGGUGCAAAUAUUCUAAAUAAAAUUAAAAAAAAUAUAUAUACAGAUAAACUGAAAAAAUUAUGUAAAAAUAAUAAAAGAAAAAUCAAUAAAAUAUAAUAAAUAAAAUAAAAACUUAUAAAAUAUAAAAAAUAAACUAUUUAUUGUUCAUGAGUUUAAUAAAAGUUAAUUAUAAAUUAUUGUAAAUAAAAAAAUAACAAGUAAAAACAGUUAUACGAAACUAUAAGACCCUUCAAUCUAAACCUUGAUUUUGAUCAGUUGCUGUUGUUGCCGCUACAACAAAAUUUUGAUGGGUUAUUUUAUAUUGUACUACAGGUGUAUGCUCUAGUAAUAUGAGUUGCAAAAUUUGUUUGGAAAUAUUAUACAUGCCUUGAACAAUAACCAAUUCUAAAUUUCGCAAAAAUCUCUUGACAAAAAAAAAGUUGUUCAUAAAAUUUGAUUUUUAUCGUUUUGUUUUGUAUUACAACGAUAUGCUAAAUUAGUUCGAUCUUGAAAAUUUCUUCAGAUAUUGUAGCGUUGCCUUAGAUAAUAUUUUAUGUCAAUUUUUGUGAAGAUAUCUUGUCAAAUAAAAAAGCUUUUUCAAGAACUUGAUUUUAAUCGUUCAGUUUGUAUGCCAGCUAUGUAAUUAUGAGUUCUAAAAAAAUUGGUGUCUCCGACAUUUUCUGCUGGGUGUUAACAUUUCGUGGCAAAAUUAAUGUAGUAUAUUCAGGUUAUAAUAAUAAAUAAAUUUAAUGUUUCAAUAAAAUUCUAAAAAAAUAUAAUGUGUUAAAAUCAUAUAAAAAUUAAUAAAUCUCGUACUGAAGUAAUAUAAUAUUAAAUAAUUACAGAAAAUAGUUUCAAUUGAAUAUGAAAAUAAUAAAAAUAUUAAAAACAUAAUAAUUAAUCAUAAUAUUAACGCAAUAAAAAUUAAAUAUUGGAGGCACACAAAUAUUAAUUUGUUAAAAUAUAAUAAAUAAUCAUAAUAUUAAUAUUAAUAAAUUAAAUAAUGUGCAAUUAAAUGAAAUAAAAUUUUGUUAAAUAAAUAUUCCUUAAAUUUAAUGAUAAUAAUUUUUUAAUUAUAUAUUCUUUAAAUUUAAUGCAAAUGAUUUUUAUAAUUAAAUGUUCUCUAAAUUUAAUACAAAUAAUUUAAAAUGCACACAACGUUUUGUUAAAUAAAAAAAUAAUUUUAAGAACAUAAUUUAUAUGAAAAUAAUAGUUCAAUUGGAAUCUCAGCUCUUUUAGUAGUGCGCCAAUUUAAUAACUAGGCAAAGUCGCAAAAAAUAUAUUUGAAACAAACUUAUAUUGAACUGAACCUAAAAUUACUUGAGAAAAUGUUUAGCAAAAUUUUAAAGUUAAAAAUUAAGAAUGGGUGUAAAUUAUGCGAAAUAGGUUAUCAUGAUCACUGAGUGCCUAUUCUAACUCUUUUUUAAUUUUUUUGUUCAAUUUUUUUUCUUUAUUUCAAAAUUUUCGAUAAUCUCUAUUAUUAUUAUUAUUCUCUAUUGUUUGCGUAUUUUAUUAUUUUUUAUGAGAUUUCGUGAAAUAUUUAUACUCUUAUAGUUAUUUUAAUUUUGAACCUCCAUCUUUAUACUAUUAUAAAAUUUUAAGCACUAAAUCUUUACAUUUGUUAUACAUUUACUUAUAUUGUGAAGAAUUUUAUAUUUUAGUAUAAUUUAUAGACUUAGCCUGCGCACUAAGCUCGAUUAUGUAUGGGCUAAAACAAGUUUUUAGAAUUUUUGACAAAAUUCAAAAUUCUAGGAAUUAAUUUAUUAUAACACCAUCGAAAAAAGUAAUCGUUAGUGCAUUGCCGCUAGUAGUAAACAAUCUUUAUAAUGUGUUCAAGCUAUCAAUUUAAUGUUUGAAACAAAUAUGGUAAGUUUGUUGAAUUGGGCGAGAAAAAUAUGACAAUUGAGCAUAUUCUGACAAUCGAUCUUUGUGAGCGUGCUAAUAAUUACUAAUAAUUGCUCCCUGAACGGAAAUUCCCAUAAUUGGUCAUUUUGGGGGCAGUAAAUCUAACAGAGAAAAUGUUUUACUGUUCAUUUUGAGCAUAAAGGUUUUACAACUCCACACUUCAGAGAAAAAUCUAAUACUUCGUUAUUCUGAGAGUAAAUAUUCCAAAAAUUAGAAAAUUUGUUAAUUGAGCUUUUUAUUGAGUUAUGUUGUUAGGAUUUGGCUGGAAACAUAAUUUACUUUUUAAUUUAAACAAAAAAAAAAAACACAUUCAAAUACACGACACAUGACACAAAUACAUUAACAGAAAUCAAUUAAAAUUCAAGAAGUCUUAAAUGGAAUGCAAGCAUACUUUGUCAAUGAAAAUUUGUGCUGUGAAAUAUGGAUCUGCGGAUAAAUUAUUGUAGCAUAUGAGUAAUUAAUUUAAACAAAAGAAAAAAAACUGAAUUAUAUAAUAUAUAAAUAAAAUCAAUUACAAUAUUUUGUGAUCGUAAAGCAACUGGAUAAAAAUAAAAGUAGCGGUUAAAUAUUAAGCAAAUCAAAUGUGUUAUUAAUGUUGUUUUAUUGCAUGGCACUGCAUAUACAUACAUACAUACUUAUAUACAUAAAAAAUUUUAAAACGUAGCAACAUUGAGCAGAAAAAUAUGAAAAUACAAUUGUAACAGUUUUAGUCGAUUAGCAGAUGGUACAAAGAAUUGAAAAAAAUAACAAAAGAAAAACAAGUCAAUGGCUAAGUCCUGCAAUAUUUUAUAAAAAACAUAAUAAUAACAAUAGUUUGUUGAGUGCAAGCGCUAUACAAAAUAACAGUUAAGAGCCACACAUGCAUAAACAAUAUUAUAUUAAAUAUAUUGUGUGUAGUUAUGGAAAUGAGAAAAGUAAAGUAAUUUUUAAGAAAGUAAAUUGUAGACUCACUAGCGAAUUAUAUAGCGUAGCAUAUCAAUAACAAUUAAAUAUAUACAUACAUACAUGCAUA